AUGUAUUCCCAGCAUCAUGCGACGAUGGCACCUCCGCAGAAGCCAGAGACCUUCAUGUUGAGCAGCGAAGCUCAGCAAAGUUUGCCCCAAGAUGCCCAGGUUGCGCUGCAACAAGUCGACAACUUGAAAUAUUUUUUAAUCUCUGCUCCCGUUGACUGGACACCAGACCAGUACAUUCGACGAUUCCUUCUGCCCACUGGCGAAUACGUUUCUUGCGUAUUAUGGAACAACCUUUUUCACAUCUCUGGCACGGAUAUUGUACGAUGCCUUUCCUUCCGAUUCCAGGCCUUCGGCCGACCCGUGAAGAACUCGAAGAAAUUCGAGGAGGGUAUCUUCUCCGAUCUGCGAAACCUGAAGUCUGGCACCGACGCGUCCCUCGAAGAACCAAAGAGUGGAUUCUUGGAUUUCCUAUACAAGAACAACUGCAUUAGAACACAAAAGAAGCAAAAAGUUUUUUACUGGUACAGCGUACCGCACGAUAGACUCUUCCUCGACGCUCUCGAAAGGGACUUGAAGAGGGAGAAGAUGGGACAAGAAGCCACCACCGUUGCCGUCAACGAACCCGCAUUGUCGUUCGAAUUUGAUUCAUCCCAAUCACUCUUCGAGCAGCUCACCAAGGCCCAACAAGCCAACUCUUCCUCCUUCUCUGCACAACAGCCUUCAUACUCCCAAUCACAAUCGCAAUCGACGUCCCCAGUUAUGCGAGCGAUUGAUUCCAUGCCGCCUCCACAGAUGAUCCCCCAAGCCAUGGCGAUGCCCGAAGAGAUGAACUCAAUGGCCGCGUACCAACAAAUGGCAAUGGCCCCAAACAUGGCACAGCAGGCGGUGAAGAGAGAAGAUACCUUUGGUCGCGUUCAAUAUAACCAAAAUGGCGUUCCCAUUUCGCAGACACACCAACGCCAUGCUUCCAUGCCUGCAUACGGUCUUGAGUACUCUCCCGCGCCUUCGUUUGUUUCAUCCCACUACGAAGACUACAGCAACCGCGGCAUCUCGUUCGAGCCCAUCACCCCACCUCAACAAGCUUUAGGAAUGGGUGCUGAGCCUGCAUACAUUGCAAACGAGGAGACUGGCUUGUACACUGCCAUCCCAGAUCACAUGGGAGGUAUCAAUGGCCUUCCAGGAGUCAUGCAGCUUCCACCUUCGAAUUUGUCCGGUCCUCAAUUCUCUCAUGCUACGCGAGGAUAUGGUGCGAAUAAUGUCUAUUCAGUCAUCGAAGGAUCACCGACCUACAAGCAAAGACGGCGUCGCUCGUCGAUUCCUCCCGGAGUCGCCGCCAUGGUUGCUGCCACUGCUGCUGGCCAGGCCCACACUGCCCACCGACCAUCAGAUCUGAGACGGUCUGUUUCCACCUCGGUUGGUCCUGUUGCUGAGAGUGACGAGUCUGGGAACAACUCGCCCCCUGGUUUGAGCUACAGCAAUGGCAUGCAUCAAUUGGCACAACAGCACAAGGAUUUGAUCGACAUGUCCCGACAUGGAACUCCCCUUUCCACUGUUGAAGACAGCCCCGCCAUGAACCCGAUGGCUCUCCAACACAACGAUUUCAGUCAGUUGUCAAAUGAGGAACUCUCAGGUGAUGGUUCAAUCCAUGAUUCCCCCCAAAGAAGACAUAUGCAAGGUCCAAAUGGUGUCGUCCGAAGAGCUCGCAGUGCGACCAUGAUGGAGCUUGGCAACCCCUACCCCCAAAAGUCACAUUCAUGUCCUAUUCCCACCUGCGGUCGUCUCUUCAAGCGUUUAGAGCAUCUCAAAAGACACGUGAGAACACAUACCCAAGAAAGACCCUACAUCUGCCCCCACUGUAAUAAGGCUUUCUCCCGAUCAGACAACCUAGCACAACAUCGCCGAACACACGAUCGCAGUGACGGAUCCGAGGGCCCAUACGGCAGCUACAGUGGUGAAGAAGAAGACUACGAAGGCGAAGACCACCUCGGGUCCCUCGAGGAAGCGUCCCCGAACUCCGAGAACGGCUACCUUCCAAACAACAUGGGCGGCUCCUUCAACGGUCUGCAAAUGACGAUGAGCAUGUCAAAUUCCGGCAUGGCGGCUCCCAGCCAACUCAUCAGCAACCACCAACUGAUGCAGCAACCGAUAUAA